AUGAAUUAUAUGAGAGAUAAUUAUGUAAAUGCAAAAAAUGAUGUACCCAUCUUAAUAGAUUAUGGAGCAUCUACAAUUAAAGCAGUAAUAACAUUCUAUUUUAUAAAAGGGAUAUGCUACAUCAUAAACUCCAGAUGUAGUAAUUAGAAGCUAUAUUAAUAAAUUUAAGGAUUCUAAUACAUAAUCUAAUUAAAUAGCUUAAUGGGAUACAGAUGUAUUUAAAAAUUAUAGAUCACCUUUUGAGAAGAAUCUAAUUUAACAUUCUGGUGCAUUAGAAUAAUUAAAUGAUUUUGUUUUUGAAAGACUAUAAGCUGGAAGACAUGGUAGAGUGAAUCAUCCAAUUAUAUUAACAGAAUGUUUUGCUACUACUGAUUUAGCAAGAAUGAUAGUCUUAGAAUAAAUGUUUGAAUGUUAUCAAGUACCAAGUGUAAUGUUAGGAGUGGAUGCAUUAUUCUCAGUAUUUUAAGAUGAUUUAGAUACUUAUUUAAAAUAAACAUAAUUAAUUGUACAUCUUGGUGAUUAAACUGUUCAUGUAGUACCUAUAAUUAAUGGAUAAAUAAUAUAUUCUAAUAUUAAGCGAUUAAAUUUAGGUGGUUUAAAUACUUUAAAAUACUUUUAUUAAACUAUAUAAUUGAGACAUCCACAUCUCAAAUUCACUUAUCCAUAAAUAGAUUAUUGGCAUAAAUAAUAUACUAGUGUUGCUAUUGAUUAUCAACUCUAAUUACGUUAUUUUUAAGGACCAUAAUUCUAUUUUGGAUAUAGAGAUAAAAUAACAGAAUAAAAUAGAUAAUAUUAAGAUGAUUAGUUAUAAUUAUUGGAUCCUAUAUAUAUAGAUAUUCCAAUAGUAUAGAAAAUUGUGAGUGCAGAAGACUUAAAGAGAAAAGAUGAAAAUAGAUAAAGAAUGAGAGUUAGAUUACAAGAAUCAAUUUAAUAAAGUAGAUAAAACAAAAAGUCACAAUUAGAAUAAUAACUAUAAACAUUACAAUAAGAAUUAGAAAUAGACUAAAAUAAUGAUGAACUCAAAAAGAAAAUUACAAAUCUAUAAGUUAAACUAGGUUUAGUACCUAAAGAAGCUUUAGAAGAAUUAAAAUAUAAUUUAUUAAAUGUACCUGAUGAUACAUUGACACCUUCUUAAUUAAAUUAAAAAAGAUAUUAAAAAGUUAUGUAUGAAUAAGCAUUAAUGAAAAAAUAAAAAAAUUAAGAAUUUAAAUAAUUACAAAAAGAUGCAAAUAAAUUUAAAUUAGAAGAACCUGAAAAAUAUUUAUAAAUGCUCUAUGAAAAAAGAGAUCGUAUAGUUUUAUAAAUAUAAGAAAGAAAAAAAUUAUAAUAAGAAAUGAAUAGUAGGAAUUCAAGAUUCAAUUAAAAGAGAAUAUAAACUUUGGCUUAUUUAGGAGCUGAUGAUAAAGUUGAGGAUGAUUUUGGAAAAGAUGAUAAGGAUUGGGAAAUAUAUAGAAGUGUUACCAAAGAAAUAGAUUCUGCUGAUGAAAAGUCUAAAUAUAAACUAUAAGAAAUAGAAUAAGAAUUAAAAGAUCUGGAUCCUGAUUUCGAAAUUAAAAUACUUAAAUCAAUUGCUAAUAUGCAUCAAUUAGGUAUGAAUCUUAGUCAAGUCUAAUUAACUGUUGAUAGAGUUAGAUGUUAAGAAAUCUAUUUUUAACCCAACUUAAUUGGAGUUGAACAAUAAGGUUUAGUGGAUAUGAUCAAAUUAUCAUCUAAAGGUUUGGAUAAACUCUUAUUAUAAAACAUCAUUUUAACUGGAGGUGGAGCUAAAACAUAAGGAAUUAUGUAAAGGUUAUAAAAAGAUCUUACAUCAGAAUAUGAUUGUCCUAUUGCUAUUAAAAUAGCUACUGAUCCUGUCUUUGGAACAUGGAUGGGAAUGAAGAAUUUUGCAAAUAAAUAUUAAAAUAUGCUGUCCUAAUUUUCAAUAUCAAUUGAUGAUUAUAAUGAAAUUGGUACUUAAAAAUGGGAAAUAUUUAAAUAACAUCCAUUUUCAAAUAUUGUAGAUUGA